GCCGCGAGCUGCUCAACACCUCCGCUCUAUCAAUGGAGUACCGUGCCCUUUCCGCCGAGGAGCAGCAAGACCUCCGCGACAGAGGGAAGGACGCGACGGCCUUGCACAAGCAGGGCGUAGCAGCAUUCGGGCUCACCGACAGAGAUGUGCAGCGAGCUUCGGCGCGAGCUCGCAGACGCACUGAUCGUGAGCGCGCCAGGGCAGCAGCAUCGGCCAUCCUCGACGAGAACUCGACGCAGGCACUCGCCAUUGUUCGUCCAUCGGCGUCCUUUGCUCUGCAGCGCAACUUUGAGGACAGCGACCUGCGGCGGUUGCGCAAGCUGUCGCGAGAAGGCUCGGCAGUUAUCCGACUUGUGGCGAGUGAGUGCAACAGCUCGCUGGUCAAAUGGUCUACCGAUUACAGCAAGAAGGUCACCUCGGAGCCUGGUCGAGGGUUCUUAUCGACAGUGGAGGGGUUUGUUUCUUCGUCAUCGCCUUUGCCGACUGAGUUUCCACGCGCUGAUCUCUUCGAGUUCCAGGUCCCGAUGCUAAAAGACAUCGCCAUGCGAGCUUGUACAAUGUCUGCUAGGGGUGACAAUGAGCUGAAGGUGCUUCGUCUAGCUCUCGCCGAUGAUUGGGACAAGAAGCACAAGGUAAUCGCCCAUUCCACGUUGCCGAAGUUGCCAAAGUUUGCGACGUCGGGCUUCGCAUGUUGGAAGCGUGGUAUGUGUUUCUGUGGCGACGGCGGCACAAUCUUGAUGGCCUUCGGCAAGAGCCUGCAGAAGCUCGUCCGCCGCCACUUCUCCAAGCAGUUCAAGGCACCAGGCCGCAUUCACAUGGAGAACGGCCGCAUUGCGGUCUUGUUGAUGGGGGAGCCCGAAG